AUGAAGAAUUGUGAGAAAUUCGCUAAUCUCGCUCUCGCAGGUUUGACAUUGGCACCACUUGUUGUGAGAGUGAAUCCAAAUUUGAAUGUUAUUCUCACGGCAUGCAUCACAGUUUAUGUGGGUUGCUUUCGUUCGGUGAAGGAUUCACCGCCAACAGAGACGAUGUCGAGAGAACAUGCCAUGCGUUUCCCAUUGGUUGGGAGUGCUAUGCUUCUCUCACUUUUCUUAUUGUUCAAGUUUCUCUCCAAGGACUUGGUCAAUGCUGUUCUAACAGCUUACUUCUUUGUUCUCGGGAUUGUCGCGCUUUCAGCGACAUUAUUACCCUCUAUUAGAAGAUUUUUGCCUACUCCUUGGAAUGACAAUCUGAUCGUCUGGCGUUUUCCUUACUUCAAAUCUUUGGAGGUAGAGUUCACCAAGUCUCAAGUUGUUGCGGGAAUCCCUGGAACCUUCUUCUGCGCAUGGUAUGCUUGGAAAAAACAUUGGCUGGCUAACAAUGUUCUUGGCCUUUCCUUCUGCAUUCAGGGAAUUGAGAUGCUCUCUCUUGGAUCAUUCAAGACUGGUGCCAUCCUUUUGGUAGGACUAUUUUUCUAUGACAUUUUCUGGGUUUUCUUUACUCCAGUUAUGGUUAGUGUUGCCAAAUCCUUUGAUGCUCCGAUAAAGCUUUUGUUCCCUACGGGUGAUGCUCUAAGACCGUAUUCUAUGCUUGGGCUUGGUGACAUUGUCAUUCCGGGUAUUUUUGUUGCACUAGCUCUAAGAUUUGAUGUGUCAAGACAUAGAAAACCACAAUACUUCACAAGUGCAUUCGUGGGAUACGUUGUUGGUGUUGUCCUCACUAUUGUGGUCAUGAACUGGUUUCAAGCAGCACAGCCUGCUCUGUUAUACAUUGUCCCAGCCGUAAUCGGGUUCUUGGCUUCUCACUGCCUUUGGAACGGUGAAAUCAAACAGUUGAUGGCGUUUGAUGAAUCUAGCAGCACUAGUGAGGAGGUUAAUACUCAUGAAGAAUGA